AUGGCUUGGAAGAAGAAAGGUAUAUCGAAGCCGGUGGUGAUUUCCGAUGAGGUGGUGGACGACCUCCCUUCGAUCCAAGUUGAGGUACCUGAUCUGUUUCUUGAUGAUGAAUUUCAUGAUCCAUGUGAUGAGCUGGAGCUGGAACGUGGUGUUGAGUUGAAGCAGAGAUCGGCUAAGGAAGUAUGGAGUAAGUUUAAGUCGAACCAGGUACUUACGCCCUCUACUCGUCUGAAUUAUAUUGAACCUCUGAAAUUGGGUGACCAAGUUGUGGCCCGACUAGACAUGGAGGAGGUUGAGACUGAAGCUUCGUUCUGGAAGAAUGCGAUUGUUUGCAUUGUCCUGGGAGCUAACCCACCCUUUAGAGUAUUUGAAGGAUUUGUCAAGAGAAUUUGGGGCAGCUUAGGUGUUGAUAAGAUAGUGAGAAUGCAUUCAGGUUUUACCCUUGUUAACUUCAGGGAUGAAGCGACCCGGGAUCUGAUUUUGGAAACGGGGGUUAUACACUUUGAUAAAAAACCGGUGGUUCUUCGUCCUUGGACACCAGAUAUGGACUCUAUGAGAAUGGUCAAGUCGGUACCGGUUUGGAUUAGGCUGAAUGGUUUGGGUUUGCAAUACUGGGGAAAAAAUAGUCUCAGUGCUAUGGUGAGCACAAUUGGGAGACCGAUUAUGGUGGAUAAAGUGAUGCAAAGUAGAUCGAUGGUGAAAUAUGCGAGGAUAUUGGUGGAUAUGGAGAUUUCGGAUCAUCCUCUGAAAUCUAUUUCUUUUAUUAAUGAAAGGGAUCAAUUAACUGAACAAUUGGUGGAGUAUGAAUGGCUUCCCUCUAAGUGUGCUGCCUGCUCGAAUUUAGGUCAUGUUAUGGAAAAUUGUAACAAGAACAAUGGUUUGAGUUGGAGGAAGAAACCUACUGAUGAGAAUGGCGCAAAAACAGACAAGAACAUAUUCAAUGCAGAGGAGGAGAUUCAACAGCCUUCUGGGUAUGUUAGUCCUGCUCCCAGAGCGGGUAAUUCAUCUAGUAUUGGAGAGGAAGAGAGGGCCAAUAGUUCUCUAGAGCAAAAGGUUUCAAAGGUUAGUAGUGAUGUUCAGAUUAACUCAAAAGUUGCUCAGCAAGCUGGAAAAGGGAGUUCUGAGGUUGCAGGAAGCUGGAUUACUCCCAAAAGGAGAGGUGCUAGACAAGGGGUGGCAAAUGCUCACAAGUCAGAUUUAGCUCAGGGCAAGACUAUUUCGGGCAAUGGAUAUGCUGUGCUACAAGAUUCAGGGAUUGGUCAUUUGGUUACUAAAUCUAUCCCAAUUAAGUGA